AUGGUGCACUCCAGGCCUUUCGCUUGCUGCCUCGCCUGGGCGGCCUUGGCCGCCGCCCACGGCCCGGCAUUGCAGAGCGUCGAGGUUGACUCCCGCGCUGAGCUGGGUCCAGAGGUUGACUACGGUUCCGAGUUGGAACCGGAGGUUGGCUCCAGUUUCGACGUGGAUCCGGAGGCCGGUCGCAAGAGACACCGUGAAAGAGCUGGGAGGUCGGCAGCCCUUCUCCGAACUGAAAACCGGGCAGGAGCUCGAGGUGGUAGCGAGGACUUCGCAUCCGAUGCCAGCCUUUUAGAUGCAGAGGAGGAGUCUCACGGAAGAGCACACGCCGAGAAGGUCACGAAGAAGAAGAAAAAGAAAAAAAAGAAGGCCCUGGCGAAGAAGUGUGUCGGCACACACCUGACCAGCUGUCCGUCUGAUGGCUCCGACCCGUGCAAGACCAAAUCGGCAGGCAACUGCAUCAACGUCUUUCACUCCUGUGGCGAUGACGUCCUGAAACAGUGCGGACUGGACAAGAAAAAGAAGUGCACCAGCCUCAGCGGUGGAGCCUGCUACCUCCAAUGCACCGGAAGAGAGCUCUUUGGC